AGCGGUAAAAAUAAAUUCUGAUUCCUGAUAAAAAUUUUAUAUAAUUUUUGCCUAAUCCAUUUCUAUUAAAUUUUUGAUACAUUCCUUCGUAUUUGAAGAAUUUUUUAUCACAUUCCAAGCUUGAAAAAUUUACUGUAAUCCUGUUCUGAAAACCUAGUAAUCCUUCACUGAUCCGCAAACAACUUCGAUGACAUUUUUAUCUUGAACCAAAGUAGGUACAUUAGGUACAUAAAUGAUAAUAAUCCACCUUGAAUCAAAAUUCAUUGUUUCUGCGCCAGUUGAAAAAUUAUUUCUUCAACGAAUACCUUCGUAAAGGAAAUUUGAAUGAAGCUAUCAACUUAUCAUCCUCGGGGACAAAAUCUUCUGUACAAGUUGUUCUUUCUCGUCACCAAAAUGAGCACUUCAAGCCAUUCUAGUGAAACUUACGUAGCCGUUUGCCAAAUGACUAGCAAGGAUAACAAAGAAGAAAAUUUCAAAUGUUGCGAAUCUUUAGUGCAAAACGCUAAAAAACAAAAUGCCAGCAUGGUUUUCUUGCCGGAAGCUUGUGAUUAUAUCUGUGAUAAUACCACCGACACCGUGAAAAUGGCCGAAUCCAAAGAUGGGCCUUUGGUAUCGAAGUAUAAACAGCUAGCUCAAAAAUACGACGUUUGGCUAUCCCUAGGAGGAAUUCAUUUAAAACACACAAACGAAAAAGUUACCAAUACCCAUUUAGUGAUCAACAACGAAGGAGAUAUUGUCGGCGAGUAUAAUAAAAUACAUACUUUUGACGUUGAAUUAUCCAAUCGUUCUAUGUGCGAGUCAUCUUACGUUGAAAAAGGAAAUACAAUCGUGCCACCAGUUGAUACACCUGUGGGAAAACUUGGUCUCGCUGUAUGUUAUGAUUUGAGAUUUCCCGAAAUUGGAAUCGCUUUGCGUGAAAUGGGUGCUGAUAUUUUAACCUAUCCGUCAGCUUUUAUGUUUGAAACCGGCGCUGUCCAUUGGGAAAGUUUAUUACGAAGUAGAGCCAUUGAGAAUCAAUGUUACGUAAUUGCUGCAGCUCAAACUGGGUUCAGUACACCCAAAAGACGAUUAUGGGGUCAUGCAAUGAUCAUCGAUCCUUCCGGUACCAUCACAGCUCAAUGUUCAGAAGGAAGUAAUAUAGCUGUUGCUGCUAUAGAUAAGGAUUCACUUGAAAAAACGCGUUUGGCGAUGCCCCUGCUAUCUCAAAAAAGGUUCGACCUGUAUCCCAAAAUAGCAGAACCUAUUCCUUGUGAUAAUGUUGAUCAAUACCAAUUUGGUCAAGUUAUGGCCAACGCGAAAACAGUAUUUUAUAUAACGAGUUUAACUUUGGCCAUUGUAAACAAACGUUGCGUUGUACCUGGUCAUGUUCUAAUUAUUCCCAUUAGGCCGGCUAAACGAUUUUCUGAUCUGUCCAGCACAGAAGUAGCCGAUCUAUUUCAGACUGUUCAGAAAGUUCAACGUGUCAUGGAAACUGUUCAUGAAGCUAAAUCUUCCACUAUCGUAAUUCAAGACGGACCUGAUGCUGGUCAAACGAUCUGGCACGUCCAUGCUCAUAUUUUGCCAAGGAAACCUAACGAUUUUCGCGAUAAUGACGAUGUCUACAGAGAACUUCAGAAUCACGAUAAAAACGUCGUUGAAUGGCGUAAUGAAACCGAUAUGAUUAAAGAAGCUGAAUUUUUGAAAACAUUUUUCAAAUCUUAGAAUGGAAAUGAAAACUUGUACAUGUUUAUUAUGUUUGUUGCCUAUUUUGUGAUUGCCAAAAUACCUAUUUAUAAACUGUCGACGUUCCAAGUAAUGUCGUCGUAACAUAUUCUAAAAUAAAAUCAGGGACAAAUUAAUUGAAUUCUCUGAAA